CUUCCUCUUAUGACCAUCCUCUAAAGUUGGUGUUUUUCGUCUCCUAAAGACACUAUUGCCUUUUUCUCUUUCCAUGGACACAGCUCAGUGGGCACAGGGUAUUGGAGUGGUUAAACCUAUGGAAGGUUCAAAGCCUCCAAUGAUGGAGAAAAGGGCAAGACCACAGAAAGAUCAAGCUUUGAACUGCCCAAGGUGCAAUUCAACAAACACUAAAUUUUGCUACUACAAUAACUAUAGCCUCUCUCAACCAAGGUACUUUUGCAAGACUUGUAGAAGGUAUUGGACUGAGGGAGGCUCUUUGAGAAAUGUUCCAGUGGGUGGAGGCUCAAGAAAGAACAAAAGACCAACACCUUUAUCUUCAUCAUCACCAGCUCCACCGUCAACUAAGAAGUUUCCUGAUCUUGCAACCCCACCAAAUUUCCCUCAAUCUUCAUCUCAAAACCCAAAGAUCCAUCAAGGGCAAGAUCUUAACUUAGCAUAUCCACCAGUUGAGGACUAUAAUAGCAUAUCUAAAUUCAUUGAGGUUCCUUACAACACUGAAGAUAACAAGGGUGAAACUCAUCAUCACCACAACCUCCAAAACCUCACUUCCUCAUCUUCUCAGUUGUCUGCAAUGGAGCUUCUCAAAACUGGGAUUGCUUCAUCAAGGGGUGGUUUAAACUCUUUCAUGCCAUUGUCGGUUUCAGAUUCCAAUACAAUCUAUAACUCAACUGGGUUCCCUUUGCAAGACUUUAAGCCUGGCCUUAGCUUCAGUUUAGAAGGGUUUGAAAAUGGUUAUGGUGGUGGGGGUCUCCAAGGGAUUCAAGAGGGUGCAGGGGCAAGGAUCUUGUUUCCUGUGGAGGAUUUGAAGCAACAGCAGGUCACAAAGAGUGCUGCUGAGUUAGGGCCAAAUAGAAGUCAAGGAGAUUCAACUGGGUAUUGGAAUGGCAUGUUAGGAGGAGGAUCAUGGUAGUUUUCAGAGGAGGAAAGAACAAAGGGUUGUGAAUCAUUAUUGUAGCCUAUGUUCUUUUAUUUUCUUAAUUUUGUUUUUCGAGUGAUCAGAACCGCUAACAAA